UCCAGUUUUCUGUUGGGAAAUGCCCAGAUUGUGGACUGGCCCGUAGUUUAUAGUAAUGACGGUUUUUGUAAACUCUCUGGAUAUCAUCGAGCUGACGUCAUGCAGAAAAGUAGCACUUGCAGUUUUAUGUAUGGUGAACUGACAGACAAGAAGACCAUUGAAAAAGUCAGACAGACUUUCGACAACUAUGAGUCAAACUGCUUUGAAAUUCUCCUCUACAAGAAAAACAGAACCCCAGUUUGGUUCUACAUGCAAAUUGCACCUAUAAGAAAUGAGCACGAAAAAGUGGUUUUGUUUCUGUGCACUUUCAAGGAUAUCACUUUGUUCAAACAACCAAUUGAAGAUGAUUCAACAAAAGGUUGGACAAAGUUUGCUCGGUUGACGCGGGCCCUGACGAACAGCCGCAGCGUCCUGCAGCAGCUAACGCCGAUGAACAAGGCCGAGGUGGUGCACAAACACUCCCGGUUAGCCGAAGUUCUCCAGCUGGGAUCUGAUAUUCUUCCUCAGUACAAGCAAGAAGCUCCAAAGACUCCACCACACAUUAUACUGCACUACUGUGCUUUUAAGACCACUUGGGACUGGGUCAUCUUAAUUCUAACCUUCUACACAGCAAUUAUGGUUCCAUAUAACGUCUCCUUCAAGACAAAACAGAACAACAUUGCCUGGCUCGUGCUGGACAGUGUCGUGGACGUUAUUUUUCUGGUUGACAUUGUUUUGAACUUUCAUACGACCUUUGUUGGCCCUGGUGGAGAGGUUAUAUCUGAUCCCAAACUCAUAAGGAUGAACUACCUGAAAACAUGGUUUGUGAUUGAUCUUCUGUCCUGUUUACCGUAUGACAUCAUCAAUGCCUUUGAGAAUGUGGAUGAGGGGAUCAGUAGCCUCUUCAGUUCCUUAAAAGUGGUGCGUCUUCUACGACUCGGUCGAGUUGCCAGGAAGCUGGACCAUUAUCUGGAAUAUGGUGCUGCUGUACUGGUACUGUUGGUGUGUGUAUUUGGACUGGUGGCCCACUGGCUAGCCUGCAUAUGGUACAGCAUCGGGGACUAUGAAGUUAUAGAUGAAGUCACUAAUACAAUCAAAACAGAUAGCUGGCUCUACCAGUUGGCACUGAGUAUCGGGACACCAUAUCGAUACAACACCACUGGCUCAGGGCAGUGGGAAGGAGGACCCAGUAAAGACUCCUUGUACAUAUCCUCUCUCUACUUUACCAUGACAAGCCUUACAACGAUAGGAUUUGGAAACAUAGCACCAACCACUGAUGGAGAGAAGAUCUUUUCGGUGGCCAUGAUGAUGGUUGGCUCUCUUCUUUAUGCAACUAUAUUUGGAAACGUCACCACCAUUUUCCAGCAAAUGUAUGCCAACACCAACCGAUACCAUGAGAUGCUGAACAAUGUGAGGGAUUUCCUAAAAUUAUAUCAAGUCCCAAAAGGCCUUAGUGAAAGAGUCAUGGAUUAUAUUGUCUCAACCUGGUCCAUGUCUAAAGGAAUUGACACAGAGAAGGUUCUCUCAAUUUGCCCAAAGGACAUGAGAGCAGAUAUUUGCGUGCACCUAAACCGGAAAGUUUUUAACGAGCACCCUGCCUUCCGGCUGGCUAGUGACGGCUGCCUGCGAGCCCUGGCUGUGGAGUUUCAGACGAUCCAUUGCGCCCCGGGGGACCUCAUCUAUCAUGCUGGGGAAAGUGUUGAUGCCCUUUGCUUUGUGGUCUCGGGAUCCCUAGAAGUCAUCCAGGACGACGAGGUGGUGGCUAUUUUAGGCAAAGGUGAUGUGUUUGGUGAUAUCUUCUGGAAGGAAACCAGCCUGGCCCACGCCUGUGCCAACGUACGGGCUCUGACAUACUGCGAUUUACAUAUUAUUAAACGAGAAGCCUUGCUGAAAGUGUUGGACUUUUAUACCGCGUUCGCAAAUUCGUUCUCGAGGAAUCUCACGCUCACCUGCAAUUUGAGGAAGCGGAUCAUCUUCCGGAAGAUCAGCGAUGUCAAGAAGGAAGAAGAGGAGCGCCUGCGCCAGAAGAACGAGGUGACGCUGAGCAUCCCUGUGGACCAUCCCGUGCGGAAACUCUUCCAGAAAUUCAAACAGCAGAAGGAAAUGCGUAAUCAAGGCUCAGCCCACAUCGACCCAGAAAGGAACCAGCUUCAGGUGGAAAGCCGGAGUGUGCAGAAUGGGGCCUCCAUCACAGGCACCAGCGUGGUCACCGUGUCUCAGAUCACCCCCAUCCAGACGUCCCUGGCUUACAUGAAAACCAGUGAGGCCGUGAAGCAGAACAACAGGGAUGCGAUGGAGCUCAAGCCAAAUGGAAACGGAGACCAAAAAUGCCUGAAAGUAAACAGUCCCAUGCGGAUGAAAAAUGGGAACGGGAAAGGGUGGCUUCGACUGAAGAACACGAUGGGGACCCACGAGGAGAAGAAGGAGGACUGGAACAAUGUCACGAAGGCUGAGUCCAUGGGGUUACUGUCCGACGACCCCAAGUGCAAUGACUCGGAGAACGGUGUAAAUAAAAACCCACUGAGGAAAACAGACUCUUGUGACAGUGGAAUAACAAAAAGUGACCUUCGCUUGGAUAAAGCUGGUGAGACUCGCAGCCCCCUGGAGCACAGCCCCAUUCAGGCUGAUGCUAGGCACCCUUUCUACCCCAUUCCUGAGCAGGCCUUACAAACCACGCUGCAGGAAGUCAAGCACGAACUCAAAGAAGAUAUCCAGCUGCUAAGCAGUAGGAUGGCUGCCCUUGAGAAGCAGGUGGCAGAAAUUUUAAAAAUAUUGUCCGAAAAGAACGUACCCCAGACCUCUUCCCCCACGUCUCAUUUAUCACCCCAGCGGUCCCCCCAGAUACCCUGUCAGGAUAUUUUUAGUGUUUCAAGGCCUGCAUCACCUGAAUCAGAAAAAGAUGAAAUCCACUUUUAG